CGGCCACGUGACGCGCCCCUGGUUAAGAUGGCGGAAGUGCAGGCGGGACGUGGAGGCAGCGCGGAGCCGCGGCGGCAGCAGCAGCAGGAAGAGGAGCGGCAGCAGCAGCCGCAGCAGCAGCAGUCGCUCUGAGCGGCGGCGGAGACGCGGGGAUCCCUCGGCGAGACUGCGAGGAGACGCCAGUGCGGGAGGAGACGCGAGCAGGGGAGACUCGGCCUCCUUCUUCCCCGACCGAACACGAUGAGCGCCCACGCCGCCGCCGCCUCCCGCCGCCGCCGCUCCCGCUGCCCGGGCCCGCGACCUUCCCCCCCGUACGAGUGACGCGCGGCCCGCGGUCACUUGGCUCGGCUUCAUUUUAUAUUUCACUUGAGACGUGGCGGCUGCGUUGUCCAGUCCGUGUCGCUGGCGUUGAGCUCCGGGGGCUGCUCGCCUCUGACACCCACAGCCACCAGCAGCAGCACCGCCCUCCGGGGUUGGCUGUCCGCCGGGUUGGACUCCGGCUGCGGGCGGGAGGGAAGGGCCGAGAGAAGAGGAGUGGGAAGGAGAGGAGCUGUGAGAAGAGCGAGCCGGGAGGAGUGGGGGUCGACAUGGACCUGAAGGCGAGCCAGACCCGGACGUACGACUCUGACGGCUUCGUGAAGCGCGCCGCUUGCCUGUGCUUCAGGAGCGAGGCGGAGGAGGAGGUUCUGCUCGUGAGCACGAAGCGGUUUCCGGACCGGUGGAUCGUGCCGGGUGGUGGGCUGGAGCCAGAGGAGGAGCCGGGCAGUGCGGCGGUGCGGGAAGUUCUCGAAGAGGCUGGUGUAAGAGGAACUCUGGGAAGGUUGCUGGGAAUAUUUGAGAACGUGGACAGCAGGCAUCGGACCUACGUAUUCGUACUCACCGUCACGGAGGUGCUGGAUCAGUGGGAGGACUCUGAAAACUUGGGCCGGCGGCGAGAGUGGUUCAGCAUCGAGGAGGCCAUCAAGGUGCUGGAGCGCUACAAGCCGGUGCAGGCGGCUUACCUCAAGGGCCUGCACCAGAGCCGCCGCAACCCCAGCAACGGCAACGCCCCCCGCCUGACGGGCGUCCCCGACGGCACGGGCCCCAACUCGGCGCCGGCGCUCUCCCCGCCCACCAACGGAACUCCCACCAACGUUAGAUGAACGUUCGCGCGUGCCGCCCCCCCUUCCCCGAGGGGAAAGGCCGGCGUGUAACCGCGGCGGGUGGGAGGGACGAGCGGGGCCGGUCGUUGUGCCGGCGUGCGGGACCUGGGUCGGCGGCGGCGUCGUCGUUGGGCGUUGCGAUCGCCACGCGAGGCGGCUCCGCGCCCCUCGCCCCCCCCUCCCCUGCCUGCCCUCCCUCCCCUAGCUGGGUUUGUACAGUUUUUAAUGAGACGCACGCAAGGAGACGUUGGUAAUAAACGUGGGCUGGGGGGCGCUCCCUGCCCCUUAGCGCCCCCCCCCCCACUCUCCCCCCCCCCCCUUAAAAGUGCGAUGCACGCCGACUUGCACGCGAGAUCCCCGGUGAAGUGGCACCCUGAGUAAAUGGUCCGGCCUCGAUAUUUCACAACAGCUGUCCGCUCUGUACAGACCGCAGCAGCACUUAGGAGUUCACUGGUGAGCCCCACAGACUUGCACCACUGACUGCAACGAAUCUCUAUUACUGCAUGCAAUUGUAUCCGGGUUCUAUAUUCGACUGGCAAGACUUUUCAAGAAAGCAUUAUCAUUUGUUUAAUUGUUAUUUUAAUAUAUUAAAGUUGCUAUGCAAAAGAAACGUAUUAUCAGAUAAAUGUAAUGAAAUUCACUGUUCUGUUGCAGAGUGUUAAUUUUGUACAUUGCAGCAUUAGAGAAUUGAAGCAUUCGCUUUUUUUCAAAUCGACCCUCAAGGUUUGUUUAGUGUUUUCACAUUAAUUUAGUCGUUACUCACCAAAGUGCAAAGGAGAUGGGGCUGUACGACCUGGCCAUUGUUUCUGCAGAAUAAUCUUUGGUGAUGCAUGCGGUCAAGAUGGAUAAGCUUGGUGCGCUGCGCUGUCCAUCUGUGGUGAUGCCCCCAUGUGGUGCCCUUCGUUGGCCAUCGCUCAGUUUCUCCCGAGUCAAAUGAUCAAUGGGGUCGUGCUCAUCACUGCUGGCAACCCUGGGCCAGUGGUGGAAAUUCCACAUUCUUAAUUUUGUGGGCACCCACUCUCGCCUUAUGUGGGUCGCCACAUUGAGAUCUCAUCCAGAGGUCCACAUUUCUGUUAUCAACCAGUAGGGAUAAUGACCAGUAUUUGAACUCUCACCUUCACAAUUAGAUGUGACCACCGUUUCACUGUAUCAAUGGUCCAGAUUUGUUUUUAUGAAACACUAUGCAACCACCUUCUGUGGAAGUAACACAGAUACUUGCAAGCUCAUAAAAAAGGACAGACAAAAUUACACCCAAUUUAAAAUGUGGACUCUUAAGUUUGACCAGAAUCCUUGACCAAUGAAUAAAACAUAAGGAUAGAUUAAAAUUCUUGACUCGCCUGAGAGAAAAGACGAACCCUCGACUUCAAACAGAGGGCUACAAGUUACCGGUGGAGUUGAGGGCUCGCAGCCACCACCCUCGUAGUGAGUCAGUGCUGGCUCCCGAACCUCAAAGCCUUGGUGCAGAGGCGGGGCGGUAAGACGUUGGCAUUACAGAGGGACCGUUUAAGUGGCACAAACUCAAUCCUGCUUCGGCACUCUACCAUGAGACAUGAGCUCAAGAGUCCGUGAAACAUCAUGGACGGUGCGAUAAUAUUGUUUUGACUCAUUGUGGGGGAGGAAAUCAAAUGUCUGUUUUUCUUGCAGGAAGUAACAUGUCUUCGGAUCUCAGGAUCUAGAGCCGAGUAGAAAAACGUUAACAUUUAACAGACAAUUGGCAGCAGUGGAAGGCGCAGUGGAAGUUGGCUCGAUAAAUGUUUUUUUAUUUAGCGGUAUCUGGAAGACGUUUCAAGUUAAAAUGUGGCAGAAACAUUGUGUGCAUCAGGUCUGCCUAAAACAGACUAGUCACUCGCUCUGGCCCAUCACUGUAAUUUAUAACGGCACGGUGCCACUACUACAGAGAUGUAAUUUACACAGCAAAAGACUGAACGUCAUUUUACAGGCUGGCAACACAAGUGUUUACAGACUCAUGUGAAGGUUGACCUGACGUUUAAAACGAAGGUGUUUCAAUGAAAGGAAGGGGAGAGAAAUUUGAAAGAGAAACAUGUUCAUGUUUAUAUGUUUAAAGUCCGUGGAUGGCUUCUUUUGUACGUAGACUCAAACCGCAAUAGGCUGCGGUGUUCCACAGGUGUUAAUUGGCACGCGGCCACAGAAUUUGUGAGUAUUAACAUAGGAUGGAGACACAUUCUAGACGUUUGGUUGGCUAGCUCAUCCGUGUCAUGCCUUCACGUUCAUUCAUUUGUGCGUUCAUUCGCUUGUUAUCCACGUCACCCAAAGCGUCGCGUCCGUGCUUGAGUUUAUCCUGUACAUAAUUAUAUAUAUAUUUACCCACGAGUCCCGUUGUCGUUGGCUGUUGGGAGCCACGCGAGUUGCGACAUUGGUAAUGUUUUAACGGUAAAGGUACAGCUCGUGCAACCCCGGCUGUAAAGUUCUUUGUAAAUGCAUAGAUUUUUUGCAAAGACGAAUGUGCUGUGAAUGCGUCGCAGCUUAGGUUUGGCAAGGGCUUGAAUUAUCGGACUUGGGUCUGCACAAGGCCAAUGUCACCACAUCACUGAGUGUGUGGGGGUUGGGAUCAGGGCUAAAAUAAUCAUGAAACCUAUUUGAAUGAGCAGCAACCAGAUGGAGUCGAUCUGCUUUUCACCGUCUGUACCACGUGCCUGCGGCCCAGUGGCCCUCGCCUUCAUUUCCAGCUCCUAGCGAGCAGAGUAAACUCCACAUCCCCAUUUACUGAAGCUGGUUUAUCCAUAGGAUGAUCGCUGUUAACUUCUCACAAAAUAGUUCGUUUUAUCAACCAUAUUAGGGUUAAACUGGCUGUCGACACCCAUAACGGGGAUGUAAAUGCGCAGCGUUUCGAUUGCGAAUCCAGUGAGCAGUGGGGGUGGCCGAGUAAGUUAUUAACGGUGUGCUGUUGAAUGGCAACGUUUUUGGUAAAAUUGAAUGCCGCUGAAGCGGCUUCUGAGGUGCAGUGGGGGUAGUAGCACCGCCAGUGUGUAUGAUACUAGUUGUAUAAGUGAGCUACUAUGAAUAUAUUAAUCGGGCAUUAUAUCGAAAUUGAAACGUGUAAAAUAAAUUAGGCCCAUGAAACUGCACAUUUACACAUCGACUGUUCAACCUAAUGCGUCCUUUAGUCACUACAUUUGCCUUUUAAAUUGUCAUUUGAAAUUGCGCAAAUGUAAAAACACGGAUUUAAUUUAACUGUAAAAAAUAGAAACGGGAAUUGUUGACAGAAUGGCUUUUUAUGGCACCUUUUAAGGUGAAACAUUACCAAGUUGUUUGAAACGAAGUGGGAAUUGUCGACUUGUGGCGUGUCUGAGGGUGGAUUUCCCGUUGGACUCGUGGUGGCGCCCUGCCGUGGGCACCGCGGAGACCCCGCGGUGACGGACCCCGAACACGUACGGCUCCCUCGCUCGCUCUCAACUCCCUCCCUCGACUCCCUCGCUCGCAGCAAACAGGGCGCCUCUGAAUAUUUCGCGCGUCCUAAGUCCAUGGGCCACAGCGCAGAUCGGUACCAUCUAAGGGUAGAACUACUUUAGUCGUACCAAUGUGACAAAAGGGGCGAAUAAGAGUGACUUAGUCCGCGCCGGCUGAUCGUGGCUGCUACGCUCCCCGUCUGUGCGUGGUUCCUACCGCGGCCUUCUCUCCCUACGAGAGCGAACGAAGAUUUUACGGAGUGCGACGAGCUACAAUUAUUAUUUGAGAACCCACUAAUUUCAAACGGUUACUGCAUAGUUAACUUUUAUUUGCCACAUACAUGAAUUGGAACCACUAAAGUUAGGCCGCAUCUGGCAGUACAGGUGAAAUGUCUGGCCGAGGCUCAUGGACUUUCUGGGCCGCGCCGUCUUAACCAAGAUUUCUCACGAGACUUGUUUCACAGAGUGAGUUGACGCGCGCGGGCAUGCGGACUCCGCACGUACACCUCUGUGUGAAGAUCGACGCGCGGCGACAGCGGGAAAUUGCCAAAAUUUUGCAGCAGUUUGUGUUCGGCGGCUGUUUCUUGUGUACAAUACAAAGCAGAUGUACAAAGUGGCUCGUG